AGUACUGUAACGUAGCAGGCUCUGCCCCUGAUGUGGGCCCUUCCAAGCUUUAUUCAACUACGGAAAUUCCAAUUGACAGACACAAAGUAAAGGGUUCUGCCGCUCGCCGGCCGUAUCGACUUAUUAGGUAUCUCGGAGCAUGUUGACACGUAUUUGCCCAUCACAACUUUCGGCAACAAAGUGAACGGAUAUGGGUAGACCUUGCUAUCCAGCAAGGUAACUAACCUCGGCCGAGGUUUUUCACACAGCCCUAGUUCUCGUUCAGUCAUUCUUUUAUCGUCGGUUUGCCACACACGACUAUCACAAUGCCGAAAGUGAGCGGGGACACUCUCUGCAACUCCAAACCUCGUCGACGACCCGCCCAUUUCAUGUGGGCCGAUAGGGAAGGCAACAGUGUAAUCGAACAAGAGAUAAAAGCGCUGAAAGAGAAGGGAUUGUUGAGUGAGAAGGACGAACUGGGCAAACGUCAGGCCUUGAGGACCGAAAGGUUCAAUUUGUUGUCGCAGGAGGACCGGAAUAAAUGGCAAAAGAUGAGCAAGAACGAACACGACAUCGCGAUGAGAAAAUGGAACGGAGUGGAGACAUCCAAGGAACCCCUGGAAAAUACAAAAGUAAGCCCAUUUUGCUCAUUGUUCGCCUUUAGAAGUAUUGAACGCUUUCCUAGCAUUGUCCGGCCUAUCCUCGAUGUCAUCGCCAAAGCAACCGAAGGCGAGCUAGUGUUAUUGUGGGGAGGUCGAGAACCAGGCGACGAUGGCCGCCUAAACGUCCUGGGUAUGUCCACAGGAAAUAUUAUUAAUUCAGACAAGGAUGGAUACGUCGGCGCGGUGGUGCCAUUCGUUAGAAGCUACCUAGAGAAAAGAUUUAAUUUAGAGGAUUGUCGGGCGAUGGCGUUGCCCGCACAGUACGAAGGGCUCCGUGGGCUCGGAUUUGGAGAAGUUGAACACAACGGUGCAUUUUUGCAUCGCCUAGACGAUGCCAAUACUACCAGUCGCGCUUCCGCCGCUCCCCUCUCAUCGUCUGGCGAGCCGUCCGUCAAAGCCCCUGGCGCAAUAUGUUCUCAAGGCACUGAACCAGCCGAAUCAGUGACUCUGUCUAUGGUAUUAGCAGGGAAGGCUUCCAAAAAGGUGGCCAAAAAAUCUCAACCACAUAAGCCAGGAACAUCGUCGACGGCCUCGGCCCCAUCGACUACCCCACCAGUCUUUCGACGGAUCUCUAACGGGUCAUCACCGUCCCCUCGAGCUUCUAUUGUUGCUUCGUCACCACCACUUUCACCACGACUCUCUGCCGCGCCCUCGCCCCUUGGCCCUUCAUCACUAAGUCAAUCUCCUACACCCCCACCUCUUCCACCAUUUCCCAUCGCUUCUGGAACUCUUUCUAACCUAGAUGCAACAUCCUCAACGUUCGUGGGUAUAGGAGAUCCUCUGUCCAGAGCGGGAAGGACAACUUCAUCGACUUUUCAUAGCAGUGUCACUCCCACGGCUGUUCAUCGGAAGCGACAGCGUUCGACGAGUAGUGCUGCUGAGGAUGCUGAUGAUGGUCCAAGGCAGCGCCGUUUUUCAGAUUUUAGAAGGGACGGUCGCCAAAAGUGUCGGAGUUUGGUCAGUACCGAACCAGCGUCGAACAGACAACAGGACCUGUACAUCCUGGAACGGAGUCACCUCCGAGGUAGCCCUGACUAGGCCUGACCUCGGAGUGUGGAUUCAUGAAGACAAUUAUGGGCAAGGCGAAGUACGUUACGAACUUUGGCGAGGAGAAUAUCGGGGACCCGCCAGGCAAGGAGAUC